AUGAGCGCCGCCGCUGCAGAGCAGCUUCCCGUUGGUGCACACGCGGUGCUGCACAGCAGAAACCUCCGCGAUGAUGGCGGUGUGGAUCCGCAUAAGGGGGCUAAUUUAGGGGUGCCAGUUAGGCCUUUGCGACACGCGCGGACCAGACCCUCCGCAUCUCCUUGGAUGCCCGUGGUAGCUGCCACCAUCGCCUCUUUAACUACCCUGUAUCUGGUGCUCCAUUGUUUCCAUAUCCUCUCCGUGGGAUACAGACAUCAUGGAGUUAGUAGAGCGCUUGCAGCCGGCGGAAGUUACUGGGGAGGACAGUGCUCUGGAGGAGGCGGGGAAGAAGGAUUUAGGAUUCCGAGUAACUAUGGCCCAGGACAGUCGCCCGAAGACUGGGUUGAUCAUGCUGGCAACGAUGGUGGAGAGAGCGUUGAAGAAGCCACAGAGGUUGUAACUGUAUAUGUCCGUGAUGAGGAGGGGUGGGAGAACCGGGAUAUGCCUUUGCAUGCGCAGAGCGUCUACACUUUCUAUUUGAACCGCAUAUCGUGCAUGGCGGGGUUGGUUCACGAACUUAAAACUCAUAUGCCGAGACGACAUUUUUUGAAAGUGGUCUUUAAGAUUGUCAAGAUUCUAGUAGUUGAACUGGGAGUGCUUUCGCUGAAUCCUGCGAAUAUAGAAUCGGCGAGAGAAGCAGCUGGCCAGUCCUUGGUGGAACUUCUCAAGGGUGCCUUGAGUGAGCCUGACGACCCGGAGGAACACAUUCCCUUCACAAACUUGACCAAGUCCUUGCUUAAACUUACGAAGCAAGUCAUGAAACCCCGGAAAGACGCCCAGAAAAUGAAGAGGGACCUCCACAAAACAAGGGUCGUCGGUAGCUUCCGAACGAUUCGAGUUAUGAAUGAGCGUCUGGGGGCAAUUAUCGCCUCUUUGCGGUGUUGCCUCACCCACGGCGUAUCAUUUUCCGACGAAGAUCUAGAUUGGAUCUGCAGUCUACUGGAUGUUCUGAUGGAAGCGAUCUGCGAUCGCUUCCUGCGUGACGCCGCGGCGAUGUGGCAUCUGCUGCAUGCUCAGAUGAACAUCAAGGACUUUGUCCUCUUCUCCAGAGACAAAGCGUUUUCGCUUGACAAGCAGCCAAUAUCUCCGUUGAAGGAUUUCGUAUCUGCUUUGGACGCAAAUCUGCAACAAAGAGGUGGACUUGCUUAUCUUUCACUCGUCAAAGGAAGUUCAACACAAAGGCCUGCGUCAAUCGAACCCGGAUCGUCAUCGUCGUUUAUUGGUGGUGCUGCAGCUGCUGCUGAUGCCAGUUCUGCUGACGUUGAUGAUACGCAUCCACAGAUACCUUAUCUGAUGCCUAGGGAUGCAGGUUAUUCGGAACAACCUGAACAGUACCCGGGAACAGCUACCUUCCCCGCCAGCUCUUCAAGCCCUUAUGCGUACUACGGGGAUCAGACCGGUUGGGCUCCAACGGCCUCACGUUCCUGGCAAACCUUUCCAGAAUAUUACGGCGACGACCAGCAACAGCCUCUAGUUGGUUACGAAGAAAGCUCAGGGAUGUUACUGGAGUAUUCCACUGGCCAGGGGCUACAAGUGGGAGUUGAGGAUACAGAGGUUGGGUUUGGUGCGCAACUAGAAGGAGACCCUACGUGGCACGGCCCGAGUCAACAGUACUCAACCGGAGAUUUUUCAUUCGAGUUGGGAAAUAUCCCGGAAGGGUCAGAAGCGGCGUAUGGGUAUGACACUUCAGAAACGGAUCCAGCAGCAUGGGGUGGCGCGGAAGUGCAUCCGUCUAUUGCUGAACCUCCAACAGGGUCUUCCGGCUAUUGGGGUUGGCCGCAAUCGACGGGAGACACUGGGGAAAGCUUUGCGCCUCCUGCAACUCAUGGAGGCUCCCAGCCAGAAGAGAUGCGGACACCUGGGGGAGUUGCACCUUCGCCAGCAGUAGCAGGAUUGGAACCUUCUAGGGCCGACAGUGGAAAGACAACCAAAAGUAAGCGCUCUUACUCUGCUAAUCGCCACUCACGUUCUGGCAGACAUGCUCGUAAGGGUCUUUCUACUCUUGCUCCUCCUACUCCCGCGCCCUAUAAAUCGUCCUUCAGCACUUCUUCAGGUACUUCCCCCUCAGAUCAUGUUGAUACUGUGAGUGGCCCUGGCCUCGGCGAUUCCGGAGAAAGAAGCCAAGAGGCGGCGUGGCCCAAGACAGUAUCGGACGCUUCUGGCGGGGAUGACGAAGGCCAUCACCGCAUGGGGGAGCAACAAUCUGACCAUGACACAGACGAAGAAGAGGAAGAAAUAUUGGGCCUUCUUGACAAAGUCACUGAAGCGUGGAGGGUGUUGGGUAGUUCUGGAAUCUUUCCGGAUGAUGUAUGA